AUGAAUCAUAAUAUCGUUACGUCAUUGUCUGAUGACUCUAUAUUCUCAAUUACGUCAUUUAUUAACGUUAACGACUUUCAUGCGGAUAUAAUAACUCGUUUCACAUCCUUAUUAAAGUCCAGAGUUAGACCUCUUGUUCAGGAUCCUGAUGAGCGCCUCUUGAAAAUUAUCAUGCGAAUUUGUAAUAGUGAUAACGAAUCGACUUUAAAUGUUUCAAAUAGUUAUUGUGAAGAAAUUUUAUGCUUUAUACUCGGCCUUUUGCAGCAAGUGAAGAAAGUUAAAUAUCAUGAAAUAGAAACAUUUCAACUUUCGUUAUUCCGGUUCGCAAAAUUUUGGACGACCAUAUUUAAAGCAAGAGGUGAUAUUCAAGAACUGCGUUCUCAUACAUAUUUUAAAGAAGCAUACGAAAUAGUGAUUCGUACAGCUAUGGAUAUUAAAAAUAAUGAUAUAACAAUAAAAUUACUUCAAAAAAUAUUUAUUUGCUUUAGUAACAACCAAAUCCUUAAGGAUUAUAUUAAUUCCGCCGUAGGAAAUGAUUCAGAAGAAUUAAUUACAGACGAAGUUCUAGAAAAAAGUUACAAUCAAUGUAAUUCAUACAUUUCAACUUUAGAGCGUCUCCAAAAAUUUUAUGAAAAAUUCUGUCCUUCUCAGUUAGUAACAGACGUGCAAUUGCAUUUUGACGACUUAACAAAAAGAUCAAUCAGUACAACACUGAAAGACUCAUAUGUCCAAGAUCACUGGUCAAUGCAUUCCGUAACGAUUGAAAUUAUGAAGGAUUACUAUUCAUUUAUUGACUCACGAACCUUUUACAACAUCUUUCAAGCUGAAUUGACGGAAGAAUUGACGGUUAAACAAGUAAUGAAUAAUAUUUUUAAAAAGGCAGUUGAAAAUUAUCAGAUUAAAUGUAAAGACUAUGAUGAAAAGAAAGAAAUUAGAUGUGCCGCUGCAAUUGAAUUUUGGAAAAAUGUAGAUACAGAACAUGUUGAAAGAGAAAUUAAUUUUAUGAUUCCUUACUUUGACAAAUUAAAGUCAAAUAAUAACCCUGGUCAUAACGCAUCAGGAUCAAGAAUUCAUAAUGUUCAAAGAUUAGUUAGCUCUGUGAAACUUUUAGUUAAUAUCUCAUCAACAUUGGAAAGAUUACGUCAACUUACGAUUGUGAUCAAAGAUUUGGGUAUUAUUCUGUGUGAUCAAGAUUUUUGG